GGAGGUACCUUAAUUCAAUACGAAGGGAAAUUAAGACUGCUUGAAAUUGCUCAAGUCCCGAAUGAACACGUGGACGACUUUAAAUCAGUUAAAACUUUCAAGUUUUUCAACACCAACAACCUGUGGGCCAAAUUAGAUGCAAUUGAAAGAGUACUCAGAGAGGAUCUCCUUAAUCUUGAAAUCAUCAUCAACAAUAAAACACUCUCCAGCGGCCAGAAUAUAAUCCAACUAGAAACCGCGGUAGGUGCUGCCAUGAAAACUUUCGAAGGAGGCAUCGGAAUCAAUGUACCACGAAGCCGCUUCUUGCCAGUAAAAAAAACGUCCGACCUCUUCCUCGUUAUGAGCAACUUAUACAGCUUGAAGAAUGGCUCUCUUAGGAUGUCCCCGCAGAGAAUGUUCCCGACGACACCUCUGGUCAAAUUAGGCGACAACCACUUUUCGAAGGUGAAGGAGUUUUUGAGGAGAUUCGCCAACAUACCGGACAUACUCGAACUAGAUCAUUUGACUGUAUCCGGUGAUGUUACGUUUGGUAGAGGGGUUUCUUUAAGGGGGACCGUUAUUAUAAUUGCCAACCAUGGAGAUAGGAUAGAUAUUCCUGCAGGUGCCAUUUUAGAGAAUAAAAUUGUCUCUGGAAAUAUGCGUAUAUUAGACCAUUGAAAUUCCACUUUGUGAUUUUAAUUAGGCAAAUUUAGGGAGCAAGAUAUCGAAACUAGUAACGAUCCAUUAUGAAUAAUAUAUGUCAAGAUAAUUGUAUUAUUAAGAAAUUUUACCUGUCUUCCCCUUGUAUUUGGAAUUAUCCGUAUAUAUUUUUUUCUGUUUGAAUAAAUGUUAUUGAAAAUA